GCCGCGGGCCCCCUGAGGGCCUUCGACGGCGCGGUGCUGUGGCUGUGCGUCUGGCACGUGGACGGCCUGGCGGAGGGGGACAAGGUGCCGAUCGGCCAAGCCAUGGUGCCCCUGGAGACCCUCGGCGUGGGCUUGGCGGAGGUGGACGGCUACUUCCACAUCUCUCCCCCGUCCGCGGGCUGCCGCCCCCACGCCGGCGACGCGCUGCGCGGCCAGAUCCGGGCCAGGGUGCGGCCGUGCGCCUCAGGUCUAAGUGCGGAGGCACCUGGUCAGCUCAGGUGGUCCAUGUCUGAGUCAAGCACCUCUGCGAUGUCGUGCGUGUACGACGGGCGUGUGGCGUUGCAGCAGACGAGCACGUGCACGCACUGCGAAGACGCAGAGGCGGGCGCCGCUGAGAGGGCUGCGACCAGCUACGCCGGCGACCUCGGCCUCGCGGGCGAGGCUGGCACCCCCGCGGACGCCGCCGCGAGGCCCCGCCCCAGCGGCCCAGAGACGGAGCCCGCGCUCGGCAGUGACGCAGAGCCUGGGUGCAUGGAGGCUGUGCUGGAGUCACACAAGCGCAGCAUGUCUGAGCUCGACGACCUGCACAAGCGGCUGCUGGCCACUCUCGCCGGCGACGGCGACGAGGCGCAGCCGGCGCCGGCGUGCCCCGAGCAGCAGGGUCCCGGCGCUGGGCGGGGGGCACCCGCCAGCGACGGUGUGCUGGCUGCCGAGGGCGGGCCGCGGGUCCCCGCGCCUCAGGAGGUUGAUCUGCUCAUGCUCGAGCUGCCGACGUGCCUGGCCGACCAGGGCGCUGACACGGCAAGCGUGCCACGGUCGGGUGUCUGCGAGGACCUGAUGCUGCUCAGCUUCGACGUGCCCUGCAGCGGUGAGGCGCGGCAGGCGCCCACGGAGCGCGGCGGCGACGCUGGCGGUGCAGGAGCUGGCCCGCCGCCGAGCCGCCGCUCUGGCGCUGGCCCGCUACCGUGGGCCAGCCCCUGGGCAGGGGCAGCAGGGCCGGUGCUCGGCCUCGCCGAGCCCGAUGAGGACGCCCCUUCGCCACGCGCGCUCGUUCAGCAGGGCGGCGCGCAGCGGCGCGCGGACCCGCCGCCGCCCAGGACGGGAGCCGGGCCGCUCCCGCCCGGCUGCUGCUUCGCCGAGGCGCUCCCGACCACUCCGCGCAGCUCGCUGGCUCCGCAGAGCGUGCAGGGGGCGUCCGUCAGCGGCAUGGGCGGCGCCUUGCAGCCCGCGAGCGGCAGCGCGGAGAGGAUCGCCGACAGCCCGAGCCCGCCAGUCACGCCCUCGCCAGCGCCCCCGCGGCCGGCGCUGCGCACGCCCCCCGCGGUGGCCGCCCGGCUGCCGCCCAGGGCCUCCGCCAGGCCGGGCCCGGCCGCCGUGGCGCUGCUGUCGGACACGGCCUGCCAGACGGAGGAGCACCUGGAGUACACCUCGAGCCUGAUCGGCAGUGCCGCGGGGCACAGCGGGCCUGCUCCAGGACGCGAUGCUGGCGAGUCUUCGGGGCCGAGGCUGCGGCGGACUUCCGCGCCGCAGAGCCCAGCGGGCAGCGCCAUCGCGCCCAUGCUGCGCAGGGCCGAUGCAGCGGAGCUGUUCGCUACGCCGCGCACGGACGUAGGCAGCGACCGCACAAGCGUCGCUACCACGUCCGUCCCUGUGGAGCUGCCGCGGUUCAAGGCCAAGUGGACCAGUCGCCUCGACGCGGAGACGCAGCGCAUCGCCCGGAUCAUGCGCGGCGGCAGGGCCCAUCACGAGAGCGACGGCACCUUAAGUAGCACUAGCGAGUAG